GGUAGCCGUGUGGGCCGGGUCUCACGCUGCACCACCUCCUUGCCGGCACUUGUGGGCGGGGCCUCGCGCUGCACCUCCCCCUCCUCGCUGGCGCCUGGGCGGGUGGUUAGUGUUGGCCGCGACAUGGCUGCGCUGGUGGAGCCGCUGGGGCUGGAGCGGGACGUGUCCCGGGCCGUGGAGCUGCUGGAGCGGCUGCAACGCAGCGGAGAGCUGCCCCCGCAGAAGCUGCAGGCCCUGCAGCGGGUCCUGCAGAGUCGCUUCUGUUCUGCCAUCCGCGAGGUGUAUGAGCAGCUCUAUGACACGCUGGACAUCACUGGCAGCGCCGAGGUGCGGGCUCACGCCACAGCCAAGGCCACAGUGGCUGCCUUCACAGCCAGUGAGGGUCAUGCACAUCCCAGGGUCGUGGAACUGCCCAAGACGGAUGAGGGUCUGGGCUUCAACAUCAUGGGCGGCAAAGAACAGAACUCACCCAUCUACAUCUCUCGAGUAAUCCCCGGAGGGGUGGCUGAUCGCCAUGGUGGCCUCAAGAGGGGAGACCAGCUGCUGUCUGUGAAUGGUGUGGGUGGUAAGGGCAGCGGUUUGGGCCGGCAGUCUGUGCGAGGCCUGCCCUGCAGAGUGUGGAGGGCGAACACCAUGAAAAAGCGGUGGAACUCCUGAAGGCCGCCCAGGGCUCAGUGAAACUGGUGGUGCGCUACACCCCUCGGGUGCUGGAGGAGAUGGAAGCCCGCUUUGAGAAGAUGCGGUCAGCCCGUCGGCGCCAGCAGCACCACAGCUACUCGUGAGCCUUCAGUGACCACCCUCCCCUGCCGCCUUCCCCAGCCUCAGACUCCCAAACAGGCCAGUGAGCCCAGCGGCCUUCAUCCCUUAUCCCGGGCUCCUCCCAGGGACUUCCUGACUCUUGACCUGUACCAUGGUAGCCAAGGCCCUGGGACCUUCUGGCUCCCCAAGAUCAGAAUUCCUGUGCCUGCUUUUCUGAACCGUUGUCUCCAGAACCCCAUCCUUAAACAUCCCGUGCCCCACUGAACCUCCUCUGUGCCUGAACCUCCCCUCUCCACAUCCUUGCAGGUCUUUGGAGUCUCGAGGCUGAAAUCACAGAGCAGGAUCCUCCUCCCCUGUACAGUAUUAUUUAUUGUCGCUGGCACCUUAUUUAAAGAUCUUUAACCCUCA